AUGUCCCCCUCUGCUGCCAUCCCCCUGAGCGCGCGCCAGCCGCCGACGGCCGAGCACCUGCCCGGCGCGGCGCCAGUCCCCGCUGACGCCCCCGGCGCCAUGGUCAUCCACCCCGAGGACCCGGUCACCGCCAGCAUGUUCUACUACCCGAAGGUGGUGACCAAGCAGAAGUUCCUGGACCAGGCCGAGGCCGGCCUGCCGGACGAGGCCAUGAUCGAGGUGCCGCGCACGCACCCGCUGGUGGUGGAGUUCCUGGGGCUGCCGGCGCGGGAGAUCGCCGCCCGGUACGCCGCCCGCCAUGAGGGGGUCUGCCCGGAGGAGCUCCGCCGCCGGGUGCUGGCCUACCUGCCGCGGCACUUCUGCUGGGCCGGGUCGGAUCUCUUCUGCGUGGAGCACGCCCUGGAGGAGACCUCCACCACGACGGUCACCACCACGGUGGUGGCCCCGGUGGAUGCCACCGACGCGGUUCCCGAGCACCUGCCGGCGGCCGAUGACGGCGGCGCCACCACCCAAACCGAGGCCUCCACCGAGACCACCAACGACCCGGCCGGCGGCAUGGUCACCUCUUCGACCACGGUCCGCACGACGUCCAUCGCCUCGGGCCAGGUGUCGGACCUGACCGGCGACGAGGUGGCCGCCGUGGCCCUGGCCUCGGUCGAGGGGGCCGUCUCGUCGUCGGCCUCGGCCCCGGUCCCGGCCCCGGCCCCGGCCCCGUCAGCCGGCUCCUGCGCCGGAUGUGGCGGUGCCGCCUGCGAUGGCGCCGGCGAGGGGCCGGUGUCGCAUGCGCUCGCCAGCAAGAGCGCCAUGCCGCUGAUGGCCACCACCCGCACGGUGACCGAGUGCUCGACCACGGUGGAGCUCCGCCGCGGCCGGCAGAUGAUCAUCAUCGAAACCAACUCCUGUCCCAGCGGUGUCAAGUCCAUGCCGUGGGCCGUGCACGCGGGCCUGGCCGCCGCCGGGCCGGACCCGGCCACCAAUGCGGCCACCCGGGCCGCCGAGCCCGCCGACGCCGCCCCCCCGGCCACCGGGCCGGAUGCCAUGCUCGGUGGGUACAUGCGCAUCGCCCGGGACACCUUCAUGCCGCUGAUCAAGCGCCACACGCGCCGGCAUCCGGAGCUGGCCUCCGGCCGGCUGGCGGUUCUGUACGACAAGAACCCGAUGGAGGCCCGGGCAUAUGCCCAUGCCUUGGCCCGGGCCAGCGGCGAGCCGGUCCUCUGGGCCGAGUGGACCCAGCACGAUGUCCCGGCCGAGGGCCCGGUGGACUUUGCCCGGAGCCCGCUGGUCCGGCGCGACGCCCAGGGGGUUAUCUGGGUGCGCGAGGGCCCGACCACUUGGCAUCCCCUGCGCGCGGCCUUCCGGUAUGUGACCCAGCGCCCGUGGAACCGGCUGCCCGCCACCCCGGUGGCCGGCGGGACCCUGGUCCUGAACCCGGUGCUGGCCUGCCUGGCCGGCGGCCGGAACAAGGCCAUCGCCGCCUAUGCCUAUGGCGCCUUCAAUGCCAAUGAUCAGCACCGCCGGUCGGGGCUGCAAAUCCGCGCCCCGGCCACCUGGCCCAGCAUCACCCUGGAUGAGGUGGAGAUGAGGGUGCGCAAUCUCCAAGGCCACGCCGUGGUCAAGGUGCCCUACGCCAAUGCCGGCCAGGGGAUCUACACCAUCACCAAUGACGCGGACUUGCAGGCCUUCCUGGCCGAGGAGCGAGCCAAGGCCAGUGCCGCCGGCGGCCCCGGCGGCAGCUAUGACCGCUAUGUGGUCCAGCGCCUGAUCGGCCACCGGGACUGGUCGGGGGCGCUGAGCCUGCCCCCGGCCCCGGCGGCGUCGGUGGUCCCGCCGCUGGCGACCCUGUCCACGGCCGGCGGUCCGGCCCCGGGCGCCGACGAGACCACCGCCUCGGCGUCGGGGUCCUCCUCUUCCGGGGGGGGGCUUGGCGUGGUGGCCGGUGCCGCCCCUCAUGCCACGGCCCCCGGGGCUGUGCUCUCGCCGACCGGGGCCGCCGCCGCCGCCGCCGCCGCCGGGUCGGCGGCCUUCGGUGACCUGCUGCCCGGCCAGACGACGUCCCUCCUGCCCGGGGCGCCGGCCAUCGUGUACCCGGGGAAUGUGGAGCUGGCGGCCGAUUCGCAGCAGUCGGCGGCCAUGGCCGCGGCCAUGGCCGCCGUCUCGGCCAUCCCCACCACCACCAAGACCUCGCACUCGACCACCGUCACCCAGCAGAUGGAGCGCGUGUAUCACCAAAACCGCCGGUGCCUGGGGGACAAUGCCGAUGGCGACCCCUCCUCGGAUGAGCCCUUCUAUGUGGCGGACCUGCGCAUGAUGGUGGCGGCGGACUUGCGGCCGCGCGGCGGCCCGGACGCCGACCCCGACGACCCCUUCACCCUGCUGGAGGAUGAGGCCGCCACCGCGGCCAACCCCAACCGCAUGAUCUUCCGGCCGAUGGCCAUCUAUGCCCGGCGUGCGGCGGCCCCGCUGGAGGCCAACCUGGACAAGGCCUCGGCCACCAGCUGGGACAUGCUGGGCACCAACCUCAGCGAGAAGCGCCCCGAUGGCACCUGGACCACGGCCACCCACCGGCUGAUCACCGCCGACGAGGAGCACUUCCCCACCCUGGGCCUGGACCUGGAUGACCUGAUCGAUGCCUUUGUCCAGACGUGCAUGAGCGUGGUGGCCAUCGACCAGAUGGCCGAUGACUUGCUGGUUCGCCCGGCCGCCGACCAGCCGCCGCCGCCGCCGUCGCCGGCACAGCAGCACCCGUCGGGCCAGGCCGACCUAUGUGGCGGUGGCCCUGCCUCGCCUCGGCCGGUCGGCCGGCCGGCCGAUGCCGGCCUCGUGCAGACCGCCUUCGACCGGGAGAAGUUCAGCGAGCUGGUCAAGAAUGACGAGGCCUUCAUGUCGGAGGUGGCUCGCGGGGACUUCGUCAGGCCGCCGCAGUAG